GUUCGCAGCACUGGUUUGAAGGCUGGAUUGUCCGCCUCUCCACUCCUCCCUCUCCUCUCCGUCGUUAUUUUUACCGGGACAGCACGAGACUGGAACGGGACACUAACGGGACCCGAGGCAGAGUGAGAGCAGAGAAGAGACAUAUUAGGCUGAACAGAAGUCAAGGACUGUGGAAGGACUGAAGACACCUGCCAGUCAAGACUUACCAGAAAGAGACCAACGCUCUCCAUCGCUCUUUCUACCUAUUCUCUUUGUUUGUCAUUCUUUCUCUAUCCCCACUCUCUCUCUAAUGGGAGUAACUUAGAACACGUUGCUCCAUCUCAUGCCCCUGCCCCUUCCUGCCCCUCCGUGGUGACGGGAGCGCCCAGCAGGAAGUGAUGUCGUGGAAGAGGAACUACUUUGCGUCAGGCGGUGGCAGCGGAGGUCCUGGUGGAGGGCUACAGGGACUGAUCACGACCCCUCGGACUAUGGCCUCCUUCGCCCCGAGUAAAGGCCUCAGCAACGAACCUGGACAGAACAGCUGCUUCCUUAACAGUGCUCUGCAGGUCCUGUGGCAUCUGGAUAUCUUCCGUAGAAGUUUCCGUCAGCUGACCACCCACAAGUGUAUGGAAGACUCCUGUAUCUUCUGUGCCCUCAAGAGCAUCUUUGCCCAGUUCCAGUUCAGCAGUGAGCGUGUGUUACCAUCGGACAUGUUGCGGAGCGCACUAGCCAAGACCUUCCAGGACGAACAACGCUUCCAGCUGGGGAUCAUGGACGACGCAGCAGAAUGCUUUGAAAACCUGCUGAUGCGUAUCCAUUUCCACAUCAGCGCAGAGACCAGAGAGGACAUCUGUACGGCUAAACACUGUAUACCACACCAGAAGUUUGCCAUGACGCUGUUCGAACAGUGUGUGUGCAGUAGUUGUGGAGCCUCAUCGGACCCCCUUCCCUUCAUUCAGAUGGUUCACUACAUCUCUACCACGUCCCUCUGUAACCAGGCGGUGAGGAUGUUAGAGUGUAGAGAGAAGCCCACCCCCAACAUGUUUGGAGAGCUGCUCCGCAACGCCAGCAACAUGGGAGACCUACGCAACUGCCCGAAUAACUGUGGGGAGGUGUUGCGUAUUCGCCGUGUGUUGAUGAACUCUCCAGAGAUAGUGUCCAUCGGCCUGGUGUGGGACUCAGACCACUCUGACCUAGCUGAGGACGUCAUUCACAGCCUGGGCACCUGUCUACACCUGGGGGAUUUGUUUUACCGUGUGACAGAGGAGAGGGCUCGUCAGGCCGAGCUGUACCUGGUUGGUAUGGUGUGUUACUAUGGCAAACACUACUCCACAUUCUUCUUCCAGACUAAGAUACGGAAGUGGAUGUACUUCGACGACGCUCAUGUCAAAGAGAUCGGUCCUAAGUGGAAGGACGUGGUGGCACGCUGUAUAAAGGGUCACUACCAGCCUCUAUUGCUGCUCUAUGCUGACCCCCGGGGGACGCCGGUGGUAUCACAGGACAUCUCCCUCUCUAACCCCCAGCUGGACCUGCUGCACUGCAGCAAGGCAGGAUAUGAGAGCGAGGACUCUGGACGGGAACCCUCCAUAUCCAGUGAUACCCGUACAGAUUCCUCUGACAGCUCCAGCCACCGAGCAUCUCGAAAUCGCCCUCUCCGCCAGUCCAACAAAACGCAGACCAUCGUUGUCGGUAACCAUGACAACAGUGCACCGCUACACAGUGCAGUUGCAGCAGCAGAGACCCCCCUCUGCCCCCCCUCCCCUCCCCUGCAGCAGGGUGACUAUAAAGAGACAGCUGUGUUCCUCCUUUCCUCUCGUCGUCCCACGUCAUCUUGCUCUUCCUCCCAUCCUCUCUCCUCAUGUUCCUUCCAUCCCCCCUCCUCUACCUGUUCCUCCUAUCCCGCCUCCUCCUCCUGCUCUUCCUCCCGUCCCAUGUCCUCUUCCUCCUCCUCGGGGAUAGGGGGGUCUGUGCUGGGAUCUGAGGCAGGGGCCGUGGGGCCACACUGGGAGGAUGAGAGCACCAGCAGCGAGUCCAAGUCUAGUUUGCCUGGGGGUCGAAGUUACCGGCCGGCCUGGAGACCACGGAGGGAAGCCCUGAACAUCGACAGCAUCUUCACCCGCCAGAGAGGCUCUCCGCUGGGCUACAGCACCUUGCCUGGGCCCCCUCUACCUUCACAGUUUCAACAACACUGUCCAACUAACACGGCUGAUCUGCAGGGGGCAAGAGAGAGGGCCGGGGGUGUAGGUGGUGUGGGGGGAGAUACGGAGGGGGUGGCAGGGAUGCCUGGGUUGCUAGGCAACGGCACGGACUGCCCCCCUCCUCCCCCGUUGAGAGGGGCGGAGUCUCAGCCUCGUCUGAUCCAGAGGAUGGAGAGUGGUUAUGAGAGCAGCCCUGACAGGGAGGUAGGUCAGAAGCGUGUGUUGAUGUCUGGUCCAUCGUGGCGCACGGUGCCCAAGUCUAAGAGCACCAGUGCCAUCGUGCAGGAGCUGCCAGCACCUCGCUGGGGCUGCAACAACAACCUGGGCGCUGGCCUUAGCGAGCUGAAUGACCUUCAGGAGGACGUAGUGAGGAGAGCGAGGCAGCAGGAGCAGCAGAGGAGGAAAGAAUCGGAGAGAGAAGCUGCCGUGGGAUUCAACCCCAGACCCUCCAAAUACAUGGACUUAGACCAGCUACAACACCAAGCUGUGCUCAGCCCCCUGCAUGAGGCUAAUUCUCGUAGUGGAUUGACUGUAGCUGUGUGCAUGAGGAGCACUGCGGAGCCAAUCACACAGGAACAGGAUAUGGAGCAGGAAACAGGAAGCGCCAGUCCCCAGGGACAUCGCAGUGAACAGUCUGGCCCCCUCCAAGUACUGCUGACGCCCAAUCAGAAGGGGGAAGAGGUCCGGCCAGCCUACCAGGAGGCAACCCUGGGACCUGGUCAGCCCCCUCUCCACUCAUCCCUCCCACGCCCUUCCACCAACAACCCCCCAGCACAGGUUGAGGAGGGUGAGAAGGGGGAGCGGGUGAGGAGGGGUGAGGAAGGACAGGGGAUGAGCCUGGAGGAGUUGUUACAGGUUGGGGGUGUGAGACCUGCUGGCAGACACCUGGCCAUCUCUCUCCCCUCUCUAUCUCUCAGACUCUGGGAUAUAUCUCACACACACGCUCCCCCCUCACACACACACUCUUACUCUGACCCCCAAUACACACACCCUCCACCCUCACAUACAAACCCUGAGCACCCACACACACACUCCGACCGCCCACCCACCCCCUGCUCCUCCCGCAGUCAGCCCCACCCCUCACCGUCCACUGCCUCUCCACAUUGGCCCGAUCAAGGUUCCGCUGCCAACACCGUCACACGUCAUUGGUCCUCCUGGAGCAUGGACCGCCCAAAUGCCGUGGUUACGCCAUAUGACACACCUCCAGACCGCCGCCUCCCCUUUAGGCCACACCUCCCCUACCGAAACUACAACUCCCAGCCUACCCCUGGGCAGCAUGACCCCUGUGACCCUGAGGAGGCAGAGUUUUCAGAGCUGGACUUCCUAUACCGGGCCAGCCUCCAGGCAGGAUGUAGAGGUGGUAGCCCGGUCAGGAGGCUGCAGUGUGGGGUAGGAGGGCCAGCUCGUUCCCUCACCCCCAAUGCCAACAUGGAGAGGAGUGUGUACCAGAUUGACUGCAGCAGCACAAUGGUCCGCAGUCUGAGCGGCACAAUCAUCAACCCGCGUCGCCAUCGUCUCACCGCGACACGCAGCUUUGCUCCUUCCAGUUCAGCCCCCUGGGGUCCUAACCCUCCACACCGCUACAGGCUCCUUCCAGGCCAGCCCCCUGGGGUCCUAACCCUCCACACCGCUACAGGCUCCUUCCAGGCCAGCCCUCUGGGGUCCUAACCCUCCACACUGCUACAGGCUCCUUCCAGGCCAGCCCUCUGGUGUCCUAACCCUCCACACUGCUACAGGCUCCUUCCAGGCCAGCCCUCUGGGGUCCUAACCCUCCACACUGCUACAGGCUCCUUCCAGGCCAGCCCUCUGGUGUCCUAACCCUCCACACCGCUACAGGCUCCUUCCAGGCCAGCCCUCUGGGGUCCUAACCCUCCACACCGCUACAGGCUCCUUCCAGGCCAGCCCUCGGGGGUCCUAACCCUCCACACUGCUACAGGCUCCUUCCAGGCCAGCCCUCUGGGGUCCUAACCCUCCACACUGCUACAGGCUCCUUCCAGGCCAGCCCUCUGGGGUCCUAACCCUCCACACUGCUACACUGUAAGCCCCAAUGUGCUGUCAUUACUCAAAACUUUUGAGAAAACUCAUUGCACUUAAUAUAUACAUUUUAGUCACUUGGCAAAUGCUCUUAUCCAGAGCGACUUACAGGAACCUCUAAGCCAUGCCUCCAAUAGAAUUUCCCAGUGUGCCUUGCCUUUUUGAGUGAAUUGUAGAGUUACCAUGACUGUAUUUGUUAGUGACAUGGUUGUUGAAUUCAUUCCUUUUAUAUUUGUCCUGUGACCUUCACCAAUUGAAUUCCAAGGUAAAUGUUAUCAUUAUAAUUAUAGUCUUUAUUACUUAUCUCAUAAGGCCUUAUUUUGAGGCCUAGUGUUACCCUAAUACAGUGGCCUGAAAUUCAUGGUUUACAGGCCACAUCAGGCCUGCAAAUAGGGUUGCAAACUUCUGGAAGCUUUCCCAAAAUUACUUGAUUUUCAAAAAAAUCCUGGUUGAAGGAUUUCUGCACAACGUACCCAAUUUUUGCCAUCCCUACCUGCAAAUCACAUUAGGCUGGCUUGCAAAGUGAUGUGUAAAACAGUUGACAUUUUAAUUUACCCGCAACCUGCAUUUAUAAUGACUGCCAGGGUUAGAAACCAUUUAAACUGGAACAACCAUUUCAGUAAUGGGUGCCAAAAAAUCUAAGUAAAUGAUUGGAUUAGUUUAGAUUUUUUUUAAAUGUAUCUUUGUGUAGCAUAAGAUUAAUCAAUCACUCAAUGUACAUGCAAAAACACAUAUGAAAAACUAUUUAAAAAAAUCUGUCUGCAAUAGAGCAUGCCGGGGGAAAAAUUAGAUUUGUUAUCAUAACUUAAAAGAGUUGAUGUGACCUCUCAUUUAGUUUUGCGUCAGUACCACAUAAACAUUUGAAGUUAAAGUGAUAUUUCAUUGAUUUAAGUUAAAAAUGCCUUGGGGUUUACAUUGUACAGACACUUUCCAGGGCAGCCCUCUGGGGUCCUAACCCUCCACACUGCUACAGGCACUUUCCAAGGCAGCCCUUUGGGGUCCUAACCCUCCACACUGCUACAGGCACUUUCCAGGGCAGCCCUCGGGGGUCCUAACCCUCCACAAUGCUACAGGCACUUUCCAGGGCAGCUCUCUGGGGUCCUAACCCUCCACAAUGCUACAGGCACCUUCCAGGGCAGCACUUCACCUCACCCACCGCCACAAUAGGGUGUUGACCAAGGACCCCCCCUUUCCCCAAAAACGCACCUCUCCCCACCUUCGCCGCUAGUGGUCUUCUGAACUCACCACUACUCCCAUCUCCCAUACGGGGAAAAAAAUGCAUUUCAAAUAUAUUUUUGGGAUGCAGCUUAGGAUACAUGUGAAAUUUAAAACAUUUGCCAAAUAAUGUAUUGUUUAUUCAUUUGUAAAUGUAUUUUAAUGUGUGACAUACAUUUGCAUAUGUAUUCGGAAUAUAUACAUUUGUAUAGAAAUAUAAUAUUUGGUGAGUUUGGGCUGUCGCCCCUCCCUGCCCUUUUCCAACUAUUAUGUCUAUGCAGUCAUUCUCAGCUCCCCUCAGCAGGAAUUAUUCUGAAACCCCAAACUAGAAAACAACAAACUCAUCUAAUUACUCUUCUGUUAGCCUCCUAAUAUGACCGACUCUGAACGUUAGCCUGCUAGCCUGCCCCUCUUUGGGUCUAUAAAGGAGAAAGUAGAUUAGCUAGCCUGGUUUAGCCUCUAACCACCCUGCUUUACCUGCCCCAACCAGAGGGGCUCUGGAACCUUCAAAUUGACAGAUCCAAAGGGGGAGGGGGUUAACGACGCCUCUUCCUCUUUCUUAAUGGACAUUUCCUGUCAAAUGAUGGCACGCCACACCUGGCUGUGCUGUUUCCAUGGCAACCCCUGGACUAGUGCCUACGUGCUACCUAUAGACUGAACUCUAAUAAUAACUAAAGUCAUGUACAGAAACACUAUAUAUGAAACCUGUAUGUUAUUAAGACCUUAUGGAAUGUUCAUAUUAAUAAUGAUAAUAAUGAAGAUAUCGAUCAUUUAGUGGUACCACUGGUUCUGGAGUGAGUGACCUUCACAAGUGUCCAGCUGGAGGUAACCUGACUGUCAGUUGUAGCUGCCAACGCUGCGCUCUCAUUUCUACCGGGAGAAACUACCAGACGCUUCAUUUUCUCUUAGUUUAUUUUUUGUAUAUAUUUUUUUCCAGAUAACGGUAGCUAAAUGGAACAAACUUUUGCACACCUAAAGUAAUGUGAUAAAGAGCUAUGGUAGAGGGAGGGUAAGGGAACUCAAGUGUACUUUGUGAAGUAUAUUUGCUGAAGGGUACUUUUUGAAGUGUACUUAAAGGGUAAAUGUUUAGUUGAGGCCUCAGGUUAACAUGAUUGGUUCUUAGUUACUGAAUCUUCCUUUGGACCUUUGUCCAGCUCUGACCCUGAUGUUACUCAGAUAUGAAUGGUGAAACACUAUAUUAUAAAUAUACUUCAUAUAUGGUAUGUACUAUAUGUACUAGAGAUAUAUUUUAGGCUAUGCCGUGAUAUAUUUUAUUAAUGGGAAUAGUCUCUCAUCCUCCAGUUAUAACAUAGUUAUAAAAUGUUAUGAGUAAGUAACACAGUUUAUUUAUCUGAUGUAGACUUAACUGAAAUAUACUGACAUGUCUUGAAAUUUUACGAUAUGUUUUAUUAACCUACUGAACAUGUUAUGUCAUAAUAUGUACAUAGCAUGUCUAUGUACAUACACAAUAUGUACAAAGAUAUAAUACAUUAUAACUAAUCCCUAUUUGGAGACUAGUGGCUGGUGCAGAACAAGAUCGAGACAGAACUGAUAAAUGACUGUUGUAUCUAAACCAAAGGUUGGCACUUAGACAAAGAUCUCUGUCUUUAACAUUGUCAUUUUAUUUAUUUAAAUGUAUCUGUUUGUUUUGUUAUUGUCGUUUGUGUUGUGGACGUGGGAGAAUGUAGCCAACUGUAGUGCAUGAGUCCGCUAUGCAAAUUAACCUUCCCUCCUGACCCUUGACCUCUGACCUGACAGACCGGAAACAGGAAGUGGAUACGCCCACGAACGGACACUUUAUUUACAAAAUGAAGUACAGAAGAUAGAUGAUUAAAUGCCGCUGUUGAACUCUGUAGUAAGUCAUAGGCUCGAUCCCAAACGCCACCAUAUUCCCUACAUAGUACACACCACUUUUGGCCAGAGCCCGACAUAGGGAAUAGUGUGUGAUUUCAGACUUGCGCCAUAUACAGUUGAAGUUGGAAGUUUACAUACACCUUAGCCAAAUACAUUUAAACUCAGUUUUUCACAAUUCCUGACUUGUAAUCCUAGUAAAAAUGCCCUGUUUUAGGUCAGGUAGGAUCACCACUUUAUUUUAAGAAUGUGAAAUGUCAGAAUAAUAGUAGAGAGAAUGAUUUAUUUCAGCUUUUAUUUCUUUCAUCACAUUCCCAAUGGGUCAGAAGUUUACAUACGCUCAAUUAGUAUUUAGUAGCAUUGCCUUUAAAUUGUUUAACUUGGGUCAAACGUUUCCAGUAGCCUUCCACAAGCUUCCCACAAUAAGUUUGGUGAAUUUUGGCCCAUUCCUCCUGACAGAGCUGGUGUAACUGAGUCAGGUUUGUUGGCCUCCUUGCUCGCACACACUUUUUCAGUUCUGCCCACAAAUUUCUAUAGGAUUGAGGUCAGGGCUUUGUGAUGGCCACUCCAAUACCUUGACUUUGUUGUCCUUAAGCCAUUUUGCCACAACUUUGGAAGUACGCUUGGAGUCAUUGUCCAUUUGGAAGACCCAUUUGCGACCAAGCUUUAACUUCCUGACUGAUGUCUUGAGAUGUUGCUUCAAUAUAUCCACAUAAUUUUCCUACCUCAUGAUGCCAUCUAUUUUGUGAAGUGCAUCAGUCCCUCCUGCAGCAAAGCACCCCCACAACAUGAUGCUGCCACCCCCGUGCUUCACGGUUGGGAUGGUGUUCUUCGGCUUGCAAGCAUCCUCCUUUUACCUCCAAACAUAACGAUGGUCAUUAUGGCCAAACAGUUCUAUUUUUGUUUCAUCAGACCAGAGGACAUUUCUCCAAAAAGUACAGUCUUUGUCCCCAUGUGCAUUUGCAAAUUGUAGUCUGGCUUUUUUAUGGCAGUUUUGGAGCAGUGGCUUCUUCCUUGCUGAGCGGCCUUUCAGGUUAUGUCGAUAUAGGACUUGUUUUACUGUGGAUAUAGAUACUUUUGUACCUGUUUCCUCCAGCAUCUUCACAAGGUCCUUUGCUGUUGUUCUGGGAUUGAUUUGCACUUUUCGCACCAAAGUAUGUUCAUCUCUAGGAGACAGAAUGCGUCUCCUUCCUGAGUGGUAUGACGGCUGCGUGGUCCCAUGGUGUCUAUACUUGCGUACUAUUGUUUGUGCAGAGGAACGUGGUACCUUCAGGCGUUUGGAAAUUGCUCCCAAGGAUGAGCCAGACUUGUGGAGGUCUACACAUUUUUUUCUGAGGUCUUUUACUGAUUUCUUUUGAUUUUCCCAUGAUGUCAAGAAAAGAGGCACUGAGUUUGAAGGUAGGCCUUGAAAUACAUCCACAGGUACACCUCCAAUUGCCUCAAAUGAUGUCAAUUAGCCUAUCAGAACCUUCUAAAGCCAUCACGUAAUUUUCUGGAAUUUUCCGAGCUGUUUAAAGGCACAGUCAACUUAGUGUAUGUAAACUUCUGACCCACUUGAAUUGUGAUACAGUGAAUUAUAAGUGAAAUAAUCUGUCUGUAAACAAUUGUUGGAAAAAUGACUUGUGUCUUGCAAAGUAGAUGUCCUAACCGACUCGCCAACACUAUAGUUUGUUAACAAGAAAUUUGUGGAGUGGUCCUGUAUUUUUUCAUAAUAAAGUUAUUACCGCUGCUCUCCUACUGGGGAUGUAACAACU